GACCCCUUUCAUUUGAACACUUCAUCCCCUCGCGGAAGUGAGGGUCAGCAUCCGGCCUUAUCUAUGUUUGCCAACCUUAUCCGGGAGCAGACCCAGGAUGAAGUGCAGUCAUCUGUGCAUGAUUUAGCCCUACUGCUAUCCAAAUAUUUAGCGGAUGUAAUUCAACCGACUAUCCAGAAAGAAAUGACUUGGUUGAAAGAUGAGGAAGCAAGAAGUGCAGGGCACCGAUGCAAGGGAGUCAUAUUGCGGACGCUACCCCAUCAGACCAACCACACUAGGUAACUAAUCCUUCUUCUCAAUUUCAAUAUGGAUAUGUCUCUCCUUCCUAGUGGUGGAGCUAACGGCAGGCACUUUGGCAAGUCCAUCUUCAAGAGGAGGUGGAUUUUCCGCUGGCCUCGUCUAUCAGCCCAGCCAACCCACUUGGGGAGAAGCAUGGGCUGUUGAGCCAGCAACAAAUUUCUACAAGUUUGGAAGAAACAUAGCCUUAUUGUUUCCACCAAGACGGUAAGGGAGUUGGAAUCCUUGGAGUCAACCGUCUUACAUUCCCCCGUUGUACCACGGAACCCCUUGGGGUUCAUAUGCUCAAAACCCGCCGGCUUAUUCAGCGGUUGGGGGGCAUGCAACGGUGGAAAGUGUGGUGACCACAAUAGUUCCAUAUGCAUAGCCACCACAUGCUUCUGGGAGCAUCAAUCCAAAUCUGCCCUAACAGAUUCCUAUGGAGAGGCCGAUCCCUAUCAAUCGGUCUGUUGGAGCACCACCAGUAGCCGCUAAAGAAGCACCAUGACUGAGACUACCCCCCAGAAGGCCGGUUCAGCAGAAUCCGCCACUUCAAGUGAAAAAUCCAUCGCAUCCAGCCAGUUGUGGAUAUCAUCUUUUUGAUGUUUCUCAUCCAUGGAAGGAUUGCUCCACUAUGGAAGUGGUUCAACUAGUUCCACUGGUGGCCAUUCCUGAGGAGAAAUGACUACGGCUGCCUAUUAAGUGGCCGUUGCAUCAAGUUCCACCAUUUCCAAUGCAAAUUCCGGCAGCUCCAGUGAAAAAUCCAUCACUUCAAGUGAAACAUCUGUCAUAUCGAGGACAGAAGGAGAACAUACAAAAGAAUCCGCUGGUAGAUCCAAAUGCUUUGGAGGAAACGAUCAGGAGGUUAUAUGGAGAUGAUCCUCCAAGGAUGCCUGCAAGGCCGCAGUAUCAACAAUCCUUUUCAGACCGGAUCAUAGAUGAUUAUCCUAUUCCCUGUAAAGCGGAAAUACCGAAAUUCACUCUAUUUUCUGGAGAAGAUUCCAAAAUGGACAUCGAGCACAUAAUCCAAUUUGCGGCUAAAUGUAGUGAAGAGCUCGGGAUCAAUGAGUGGUACAAAUUGCAACUCUUUUCAUUAUCACUAACCGGACUAGCUUUAGUUGGUACACCUCGCUGUGUUUUAAUUCAUUGCAGAGUUGGACCCAGUUGGAGAGAGUAUUUCAUGGAAGUUUCCACAAUCCACUGCCCGAGACGACUAUCACAGACCUUCUUAGCUUGUGGAAAAGGCCGGAUGAGCCCGUAGAAGAUUUUUUGUAGUAAUUUUGGAGGAUAGAAAGGUGGUGCAACUUGAAAAUUUGAGAGGUUCAAGUUGUGGAUAUCACCAUUAAUCAGAUGCAUGCUAAAUUAUGAGAGAAACUUAUCUUCCAGGGGUAUGGUGAUCUAGAGACAUUGGCUUCUGUAGUUAUUAGAGCUCAAGAAAGCCUUUCGGAAGCCCAAGCAGCUGAGGGCAACAGAAUUAAUUGUAAUGGUUUCCCCUCCCCCCAAAACUUCACAUUUAUUUGGAGUAACAUGCCCUAAACUACAAUGUCACAAAUCCUAACACUUUGAACACUAUUUUAUUCUAUAUGACCGGAAUUUUUUGACACAGCAAGA